AUGGGGCUCACCACAACGCCCUCGGCACGUGGGGCGUUGUGGUGGGAGAAAUCCGCCUACAACAUUCAUCUGUUUGCGGGGCAGGAGGUUAAUUGGGGCCUCUACAACGUCUGCGCGUCGGAAAGGGUUCUUCGAAUCGGUCAGGAUAUCAACAGCGUCGUUAUGCUCGGGCAGGUUUUUUCGUGGGAGAUGAUCGCCCACACUGGGCACUUGUUAGCCACCGUGGAGAUCAUUUAA